AUGGUUUCUGUUCUUAAUAAAGAAGAUGUCAAUCUCGGAAAUCCAAAAAACGAAUCUAAAAGUGUUAACCCUUCAUUAGUUACUCAAGAUUUGCCCCCAUACUUAGAAGCAAUUAACGAAUCUAACAAGAUGAAAAAUGACUUGAAAGUUAAUAUUUCAAUUAGAGAGACUCCAAUGUGGCUUAAGUUAUCUCCAACUACUUCUAAUGAUUCUUCAAAUGGUGAGAUUAAGAAUGAAGAAAUCUUAAAGCACAUCUGCAAGUUAAGAAAAGAUAUCGAAGAAACUGAUACUCUAAUUUUGAUAUUAUUAGUAGUUAUUGCUUUGUUAUUAUGGUCUUGUAUUAUCCAUUUUAAUAAUCACAAUCAUUUUAAUUUGAAUUUGAGUUUGUAA